AGGUGAGUCAAGCAGCUCAAACAUAGGACAAUACCGGAAGCUAGUCAGAAAAAAAUACUCCAAAUGAAAUAACCGCAGGCCGAUUGAUGAUAACUAUGGGAUCAUACGGCUAUUCAUAAAUCCUGCACGAGCUCCGAACCUCUCAGCUCUAAACACGAUCAGCAGCGUCUGUCCAGUCCAGCUCCUCCAGCUCCUCCAGCUCCUCUCACAACAACAAACACGCUCUCAGCGGCAGGAAGGGAAGCGAAGAGAGAGAAAGAAACACAUUUAACAUGUUGUUUUGUCAGCAGACACCUUGGUAAAGUUACCAGUUUGUGGAUAAGACGAAAAAGACGGAUCGUCCAGAUUUCCUCAGCAGCCUCGGACUGUCCACUCUAACGACAACAUCUGGGAGUGACGAAGAGAAAAUGAAGAUCUGCACUCCGGUGUGAGUUCCUGGGAUGCUCGACCGACCUGUACCCCAUGCUUUUCUAAGGCCUCCAGAAGCUAAAGACAGGGUGUCAUUGACAGAGCGAGUGACCCCUCUGAGCUGCCACCAUGGCCCUGGUUCAGGCUCUGCCCAUAUCUGCUGAGCCCCACAACCCCGGCCUCAGUGGAGGACCCCGCAGGAGACACCCCUCCGGGUCUUCACCCCCCAUCGACGCACCACCCUCCACUCUGGAUCCUAUGGGUUCCGUCAGCAGCCUCAUCGCCUCCCGCCCCGGCCCCUACCAGGACCACCGAUCUCUCGUUGAACUGGGUACCAGGGUCCGACGGCCCACACCGGGCGCCCCCUGUCUGGGCUCUGAUUCGCCCCUGGACUCCUUAUUACUGCAGAGCAUCCCGGCGCUCAAGAAGCAGAGCUCCACGACGUCCAGCAGGGGGCUGGAGAAGGACAGUGGGAAUGUGAACUAUACCUAUCUGAAUGAGGAGUAUGUAGGCGACUGGAACGACAACCACGUAACACGUGCCAGCCCAGGAAGUGAUGCAGACGAGACUAAAGCAUCAGGGUUCAAUGGGAACAUGGGGGGACCUCCUCCAAAACUGAUCCCUGUGUCAGGAAAACUUGAGAAGAACAUGGAGAAAACGGUGCUGCGGCCCACUGCCUUCAAACCCGUCAUUCCCAAGAGCCGUACCUCCAUGCAAUACCUCUCCCCUCGCCACUGUGCCAACGCAUCGGAAAGCCAAAACAACCUGAAUCUGCUGAGCCCCACCCACACAGAGGCGUCGCCCUCCUGCUCUGAGAAAAGCAGCUCGUACAGCAGGGCCCGCCACAGCGGCGGCGGCGGCAGCAGCCACUCCUGCCAACUGACCGACUCCGGACGCAACUCCCUCUCGAGCCUCCCGCCUUACAGCAACGGCGGCUACAGUCUGGCAUCAGGGGAGGCCUCUGCUGGCCACCUGGAGCCCAUGAAAAGCGCUCCGCCAGUCAGCGGACACGGACACUCCAACUCAGACAGCGGGCGCUCAUCCUCCAGUAAGAGUACAGGCUCCGGCUCGAUAAGUGGCCGAGGUCAACCUCUGUCUGACAGCGGGUCCAACGGGCGCUCCCCUGGCCCGGUGGAGGGUUACGAGGGGGUGGUGAGGGACCUCGAGGACAAGCUGAGGGAGAGAGAGCUGGAGCUGCAGCAACUCAGAGACAACCUGGAUGAGAAUGAAGCUGCAAUUUGUCAGGUUUAUGAGGAGAAGCAGAAGCGUUUUGAGCUGGAGCUGGAGGAGCUGAGGCAGGGCUGUGCCACCAGGAUGCAGGUAGCCUCGCAGAAGGCCCAGCGUGCACAGCAGGUGCUUCAGUUGCAGGUUUAUCAGCUCCAGCAGGAGAAGAAGAAGCUGCAGGAGGACUUUGCUCAGCUUCUGAAGGAGAGGGAGCAGCUCGAGGAACGCUGCACCUCCUAUGAGCACGAGAAGAUCCAGCUGGGGCCUCGACUGGAGGAGAGCAAGUGGGAGGUGUGUCAGAAGUCGGGGGAAAUCUCGUUGCUGAAGCAGCAGCUGAAGGAGGUGCAGGGAGAGUUAGCACAGCGUGUGGGAGAGAUCGUCUCGCUGCGGGGUCAACUCCGAGAGAGUCGUGGCGAGCUGACCAACACCCAGGUCCUGCUCCAGGAGGCCCACGGCACGACCCGCACACGAACCCUGGAGCUGGAGGUGUGCGAAAACGAACUACAGCGGCGCAAGAGCGAAGCGGAGCUGCUCAGAGAAAAGGUAGGACGCCUCGAGGGAGAGUUGGCUCAUCUCAGAGAGGCUUUGGCCAGUCAGGGCCCAGGAAACAGACAGUGUCAGGUGUUCCAGGAAGCAGAGGAGCACCUGCUCGCCUAUGAGAGCGACGAGGCGAAGGCCCAGCGGCAGAGCAGCACCGAGGCCCUGCAGAACAUGAAGACGCAGUUUGACAGGAUGAGGGCCGAGCUUACCUACGAGCGUCAACGGGCCGAGCAGCAGACGGGAGGCUUCGAGGAGGAGCGCAGGAUAUGGCAGGAGGAGAAGGACAAAGUUAUCCGCUACCAGAAGCAGCUGCAGCAGAACUACGUGCAGAUGUAUCGCAGAAACCGAGAGCUGGAGCAGCUCCUGCAGGAGCUCAGCCAGGAACUGGAGAGCAGAGAGGAGGACGAGGGCAGCGGCAACGAGAUCAACUUUGACGAGAUCGCCGCCACGGAAAUCUGACCCUUGUGUCUCUCCUUCUUUUGAUUUGCACUACUGUCGGCUAAAUGUUUUUUUUUUCACCUACAUGUCACAGAUCUAAUCUCU